UAUUAAAAUAAAAUCAAUAAUUAAACAACUAUGUAUAUUCGAUAAGUUUCGAUCAUAAUCUAAUUACAAUAUUAGCCAUAAUUAUAAUUAAAAUAUCUAAUAGAAUAUGUGUAACAUAAUUUAGUAAUGACUCGUGAAUUGCAUUUAGACUACCCAACAGGGGCCGUAUCAAGUGGUCAUAGAAAAAGUCCAGGAUUCUGUCGAAUGUGUAUAAAUGCAUUAAAAUGGCUACCAGUGUUGUUAAUUACAACAAUCGUCGUCUGGUCUUACUAUGCCUACGUUGUUCAAUUGUGUAUAUUUAACAUUAAAGGGAUGUUAGAACGUAUCGCAUACUUAAUUUUCUACCAUAUAUUUUUCUUGAUGUUCUUAUGGUCUUAUUGGCAAACAGUGUUUACAAAUAUUGGUGAAGUGCCCUCUAAAUUUAAAGUACCACCAGCAGUUCUAGAUCGGUUAGUUAAAUGCGAUACAGAUCAACAACAACGAAGAAUUCUUGAAGAUUUUGCGAAAAAUUUACCCUUAGCAAAUACCACUGAAGUUGGAAGUGUACGAUAUUGUGAUAAAUGCCAUCAUGUGAAACCAGAUCGUGCGCACCAUUGCAGUGUUUGUGGCAAAUGCGUAUUAAAAAUGGACCAUCACUGUCCAUGGGUUAAUAAUUGUGUAUCAUUUUACAAUUAUAAAUUUUUCAUAUUAUUUUUAGGUUAUUCGUUACUCUAUUGUUUAUACAUUGGUCUAACAUCCCUCAGAUAUUUUAUUUACUUUUGGAGGGUUCGUAUAAGUGGAGAAUUGGAAGGUUUUGGCCGUUUCCAUAUAUUAUUCUUGUUUUUUGUGGCCCUUAUGUUUGCAAUUAGUUUGGUAUCAUUGUUUGGUUACCAUUGCUGUCUGGUUUAUAACAAUCGUACAACAUUAGAAGCAUUUCGUGCACCAUAUUUUCGUACCGGAGAAGAUAAAAAUGGUUUUAAUGUUGGUCAUUGUAAAAAUUUCCAAGAAGUUUUUGGUACCAAAUCAAAAUUAUGGUUUUUGCCCGUGUACACCAGUUUGGGCGAUGGAAUCGUUUUUCCUGUACACCCUCAGCACCAAGCCAGCAUGUACAACUCAAUGGGUACAACACAUGGCAGAUCUGACGAUGAUGAAAAUGAUUCGAUAACCGAAAACAAUGCUGCCGAAGCGUCAUUUGAUUCAGCGAUACUAACCGAUGAAACAAUGCGUAUCAAUCCGCCCUCUGAUAAAACAAUGAACGUAUAAUUCGAUAUCCAUCCAUCCAUCCGAUUAAAAUGGUUUCGCGAAACCACUCGCGUUAUUCGUAUUUAUAAAUUUUUUGUUUCAAUUUUUCAUAUUUUCUUUUUUAUAUAUUUGUUUAAUUUAUUGGAUUUGUAAAAGAUCUUGUCGGUCAAUAAAGUAAUAAAUUUUCAGUACAAAUUGGCUAACGAAAAGUGUUCAAGGUAAAAAUAUAUUUUCAAAACGAUUUCAUUUUGUUUUAUUUUUUCUUUUUUUUAAGUAUGUAAAAUUCUAUGUCUUCGUUAAUCAUCGAACUCAAAAUGGUAUUCAUUUUGUUGUUACGAUUUGCGAUUUUUAAUUUAAUAAAAAAUAAUUUUUUUUAUAUA